UGUGUGACUCUGUUUCUUUCUCUCUCUCUCUCCUCUCAAACCCGUUUCUUCUCAAGGACUGACUUCUUUCUGGUAACUUCAUUCGAUCGUCGUUUGAUUAAACAUUUAUACUUCUGCUUCAAUUAUAUUCCUCAGCUGAUAUAACCGAAAAUCAUCUUAACCGUGUCAAUUUGUGCCAUGUCUCGUAGUUUGUGUUGAGCAGUCCAUUCUGGUAACGAUCAAAGUUUGAGUUUUUCAAAGAUUCUCUGGGCUUUUGAUAUAUUUACUGAACUUGCUUUGGUCUUUAAACUGAACAAAUUGGUAUCCCGAUUUAUCUGUAAGCUCUGAGGAAAUGCUUUUGGGUUAUGGAAAACUAGUUAGCUUUGGUCGUUUGUCUUAUGCAAGUUGGAUAUGUUUAAUUUUUCUUUUUUUUUUUGAAAGAUGGAUUUUUUUUUUAAUUUGCGGUUUCCAUAUGCAAACAUCUCCAGUGCUCGUAUAUAGUUUGGAUUUUUCUAGGUUUGAGAAUCUUAUAGUAAGCUUGAGCUGUCUUGAUAAGCAGCUAGUGCUUUGUUUGGCUACUCUUUUGCUCCUUUUGACUGUUGUAAUGCUUUUCCCUGGUAUACUAAGUUACCAAAUGAAAACUACUCAAAAUGUUCUGUUAAAUUCAGUAUAAUAAUUUAUUUGAGUGUGAUCAUUUUUAAAAAAAAAGAAUUGAGUGAAGUGAUGUUUUUCUCCGAGUGUAGUUUCUGUUGAGUCAUUUCCUGUUUGCUGUAUUAUUUGUGACAUAUAUUUUGCAGAAUCAUAAUGAACCAAAAUAAAAACAACGUUGAGUUGACGAAAAAUGAAGAUAGUCCACUCGGAAACCUUCCAGAGGAGAUCUUGAUAGAGAUAAUUAUCAGAGUCCCAAUAUCAGAGUGGGAACAAAUAUCUUGUGUUAGAAAACAGUGGGCUAAUUUGUUCCGAGGAGAAUCCUUGUGGCAAGCUGCUCUUCAUCGGACGUAUCCUCUUGCUAGCCAAACUAAAAGAUGGACUGGACCAAUCCGGCAAGGAUUAAGCAAACGGAGAUUUAUGGCUUUAUACAUCAGCAGAAACAUACUAGAUGUUGAUACAGACAUAGAUGAGAUGUUGGGACAUAUUUACUUGUUCUUUAAAGAUCAGCUUCAACUUUCAUCUACGCCUGCUUCAGGGGUUCUUCAUGGAACUCUGAUCGACCAAUUGAUUGUUUGUGGCAAAUCGAAAGAAGAAGCUGAUGAGCUCGCGACAAAGAUUUGGCUGGCUCUUUUAGACAAUUUAGAGGACACGAAACAUACGUUUACCGUGCUGAAAUCCAUUGCGCAAGAAUAUGACGGUUUUCUUCCAUAUCCAUAUUCAAGACCGAUCAAAGUCCAAUGGAAAGUGUUUGAGAAACUGUUUGUGGAUUUCCGCGACUUGUUUGAUGAUCAUUCAGAGUACUGCGACCUAAUAGGAAUCGCCAAGAAGAAGUUUCAAACAAUACCAUAUCUUUGCAAAAACGUUUGUAAACUCCAAUUUACUUACUUCGUCUUCUUCUUCGAAAUGGCUCUCACGAUUCUUGUUCUCUUCCUCUCGGCGACACUGACCUUGGCGCAAUCCAAGGAUGUCGGACACAUCUCCGUGCUCGUCUCUGAAACCGGUCUUGAAUUCGCGAAAGAUUUCUUCAUCCACGAAGUGAUAUCCACGACGAUUCCAAUUCAGCUACCAAACAUCGAGAAGAAGGUUAAAAUCCCUCUAAUAGGGAAAGUUGGGAUGGGUCUAUCGAAUAUUCAGAUUUACGCGGUUGAUGUUCAGUCGUCGAGGAUUGAGACUGGAGAAGAUGGAAUCGUUUUGAGUGUUUCAGGUGCGACUGCAGAUUUGAGCAUGGAUUGGUCUUAUGCUUAUAAAGCUUCCUUCUUUAAGAUUUCUGAUCAUGGAGAUGCUUCUGUUAAGGUUAAAGGAAUGGAUUUGAAAACCACUGUCACUUUGGUUGAUGAUAAUGGAAGUUUAAAGAUUGCCUCGCGGGAAAGUGAUUGUAAAGUGAAAAGCAUCGGUAUUCAUAUCAAUGGUGGUGCUUCUUGGCUAUAUCAAGGGGUGGUUGAUGCAUUUGAAAAGAAGAUUAUUUCAACAGUUGAAAAUACUGUUUCUAAUAAAAUUUUGGAGAAGAUGAAGAAGCUUGAUACUUUAUUGCAAUCACUUCCAAAAAACUUAAAGAUUGAUGACAACGUUGCAGUGAAUCUUACUUUUACAGGAAACCCUGUCUUGGGUGAUUCGUCUGUUGAAGUUGAAAUCAGUGGUUUAUUCAUGCCAAAUGGUGAUGAUGUUAGAGUUUCAGGAUCUCGUUCUUCAUCCUUUUCUGGUGGGGUUAAACGAAUGGUGGCAAUUUCGAUAGAAGAGGAAGUUUUCAACUCUGCAACAUUUGUAUACUUCAAUGCAAAGCGGAUGCAUGUGGAUAUCGAGGAAACAAAGAACGGGUCAAGUCUAAGCACAUCUGACUGGAAACUCAUCCUUCCAGAGCUCUACAAACAAUAUCCAGAUGUUAAAAUGAUGCUGAACAUGUCAGUAACAUCUCCUCCUGCUGUUAGCAUCACAGAGAAUGGAAUUGAUGCUACGAUUCAUUUAGAGAUAUCAAUCGAUGUUCAAGACUCUGGAGCAGUCUUAUCCGUAGCAAGCAUAUCAUCUGUUCUGAAUGUUGCGUGUUCUGCAGAAAUUGUAGAGAACAAUCUAGCAGGUAGCCUCAGGCUAAUAGAUUUCAAUGCAACGAUGAAGUGGAGUAGACUCGGUGAGCUUCAAGCAAACUAUAUUCAGGAUGUGACAUCGAAGGUUCUUGAAGCCUUAUUUCUGCCAUACGUAAACACACGCCUUAAGAGAGGAUUCCCUUUACCAUUUCCACACGGUUUCACGAUCAAAAACACAGAGAUAGUCUAUGCUAAAAGUGGCGUUAGGAUCUGCAGCGAUAUAGCCUCUUAAUUUAUAUGAGCGGUCUCAAGGUUAUUGAUACUUGUGAAUAAGCUGUUGCUAUUUCUCUAUUAGCUGCGUUGCUGUAAAUUGUAACUAAGACAUAAUACCAGCAUGUAUUUAUUUCUCAGGUACUAGUUCGAAUUCUCUUAUGUUCCUUGUUACAUACUUACAAAUUACAUGUUACAACAUUUAUAGUGUAUAUUAGCCCUCCAUACU